AGUACACGUAGAAACAGUAGAUGGGCGCGCGCCCGCGUUAGAAUACCGGCUUGAGCCGGUAUAAAAACCAUGAAUGAAACUAAGGAUAAAACGGAAAUUCUUCGCGGAAAGAGAACAGUAGGCUAGAAGAUACGACAAUACCAAUAUAUUCAUUAAUGAUUUGGUCGUCUAAUCAUAAAAAUGAACGCGCACCAGAAAUAUUAAAUUUUGUAUAAAAGGCUAUAUAUAUAUUCUAAAAGCAUCCAUUUGGAACCGAAGUAGUUAAUUAUAUUUAGGUUCAUUUCAGCUAACUGGCUAACUUGGAAAUGGCUAAAAGUCUGUACCUUAUCUGAAUACAAUUUUUGUUCUCUUCAUCCACUUGAAAAAAGCUUGUUCUGCGCUUUUCUUUGUUGCACUCUCCAACACAACCAUGAUUGGAUGGAUGUUUAAAGCAGAGGGAUACUUGGGUCCCAAUGUAUACCCCGAGGUUCCAGACGGAGGCUGGGGCUGGGUAGUGGCUGUUGCCUUCUUCAUUGUGGAGUUGCUCACCUAUGGCAUGGUCAAGAUCUUCGGCAUCUUCCUGCAGGACCUCAUGAGCAACUUUGAUGAGAGCAAUAGCCGCGUGUCCUGGAUCAUCUCCAUCUGCAUCUUUUUCAUGGCCUUUACAGCUCCCCUCUCCACGGUGUUGAGUAACCGCUUUGGUUACCAGCCGGUCGUCAUGCUCGGAGGAUUCCUGAUGAGCUUAGGCACCAUUACAUCCGCUUUCACCAACUCUGCCAAUGAGAUGUACAUCACCAUCGGAAUAAUCGCAGGCCUGGGACACUGCUUCGCCUUCCUGCCCACUGUCACCAUCCUCUCCCAGUACUUCCACAAGCGCCGCUCCCUCGUCAUUGCCAUCGCCUCCACGGGAGAAUCCUUCUCCAUAUUUGUCUUUGCUCCAGCCUUCACUGCUCUGAAGGAUAAAAUCGGCUGGCGGUAUUGUAUGGUUGUGAUUGGAGUCCUGCAGGCCAGCGUCAUCAUCUGUGGGGCGCUACUUCGGCCAAUCGUGAUAAAGCCAAAGCCUGCAGAGGUGAAAUCCUCCAAGGGGCCUUCCCUUAAACAGCUUGAGACCACGUACAUGCUGGAGAAUGAGCUCACAUGCACCUCCCUCAGCUCAGAAGACUCAGGGGUCCAGUCCCUUUCUGCCUCAUUGCACAACAUAGCUGAUGUGGGGGAGAAGAGGUCUGCUGAGAAGAAGGCCUCGAUGAGGGAGACCCCUUCCAAGACCCCAGUGAAGCAGGUAGUGAAAGAGGAGGUGCCCCCCCCUCCAGCCAAGGCUAAACUCCUGGACUUUUCAGUGCUGAAGGACUGCAGCUUCAUCUGCUACUCGCUGUUCGGCCUCUUCGCCACGCUGGGGUUCUUUGCCCCGCAGAUCUAUGUGAUCGACCUGAGUGUGAACAGGGGCGUGGACAGGGACAAGGCCGCCUACAUGCUGUCGGCCAUGGCGGCCGCCGAGAUCUUCGGCCGCUUGUCCAUAGGCUGGGUGCUCGUCAGGAAGCCCAUCCGUAAAAUCUACAUCCUGCUGAUCUGCGUGCUGCUGCUGUCGGCGGUGCUGCUGGUCUUCACCUUUGUCACUGAGUUCUGGGGCUUGACCACGUGCUGCGUGCUGUAUGGCUUCCUGCUGGGCACCGUGGCCUGCACGCACAUCCCCAUGCUGGCAGAGGAAGACGUGAUAGGCAUCGACAGGAUGACCUCGGCCGUGGGCGUCUAUGUCUUCAUCCAGAGCUUUGCAGGGCUGGCGGGGCCUCCCUUGGGAGGUUACUUGGUGGACAUCACUAAAGACUAUGGGUCUGCAUUUUAUUCUUGCGCUGUCGGAAUGGCCUUGGGGACCCUGUUCCUGGGCUUAGUGCGUCCAGCUAAGACGGGUAUUUGCUGCAAGAAGAAGAACGGCCAGCAGCAGGAGCAGGAGAGCCCCAGUGCACAGGACGAGAAUAACUCCUCUUUGCUCAGCGAAGCCCCUGAGGACUUCCUGGAGGAAGACCUCCCCUUGGACGCCAGCCCAGUCAAAAGCCAAAAGUCAAAUGAGAGCAACGGUGAUUAACUGCUUUUAAACAAUCAGCUGGAAACGGCACUAACGUCUCAAAGCAUGGUAAAGCUGACCCACAAGUCACACAAAUGACCAGUUAUAUCCGCACAGUUGUUUAGUCUAUUUUUUUUUGGAAAGGACUUGAACAUUUAACACUACAUGUUACCCAUACAGCAAUGUCACUGUUUGUCUGCUAUGUUCUGCUGUAGCUUAUCUCUAGCUUUUAUCGAAUGUAUCUUAUUGUGGAGGUUUUUCAGAUAGGGUGUCUUUUACUGAAUACCAAGGUACGAUAUCUGAAAAUGACUGGUUUGUCAACCUGCCAGAGGUGCGGCUUUAGUGGACCAUGUACCAAAUGUGAAGGUCAGUUCAGUGAUGCAGAGAAUGAACUCAGGUCAUAGCUGUGCUAGUGCAACUGGAGAUACCUCCCGAGGUGUAAAACUAUAUGAAAAAGGACAAUCUCAGAAAUCUCCUGAAAUAAUUACUCAGAAAUACAAUACCUGAGGUCUUAUCAGAGGUAAAAUAUACCAUAAACUCAUUCUUGAAGUUGCAGAAUGGUGCAGAAAGAUCAUAGGCUGCCUACUGCUUCUUGGUUCUGAACAUACUGUAAGUAUUUUUUAAAUGUGUAAGUGAACCUCACAAUGAAAGACACGGACUUGUGGUUCUGCCUUAACACUGUUUUCUUAUUUGGGAGAAUCUUGAUUUUUAACUUCUGCACCUUUUCAAAUAUCUUGGAGAUAUUUGGUUCAAUCCAAGGCUUCCACUGGUCCAGUAAUAGGUCUUAAGUUGCAAAUACAUUAUGUAAGAGUGUCUUUAUUUUAACUUGUUCCUGAACAAUUGAUUUUUUGCGUCUUCCAUUCCAACUUUAUCCAUUGACCCUUAUGUGGAACAGUCUGUUGAAUCCAGUGUUCUCUGGACUACACUUCCAGAGGCUUGUAGUCUAUUUCAGCAUGAAUGCCAGCAUUUAGGCAUUGUCCAGUGAUGGGGGAGGUCCUACUCAAUUCCUGAAAGCUGUAUAAGUGCUAUGUUCAGCCACAAUUAAACGCUUCCUUAAUUAGCCAGAACAUUCUACCAUUGUCAACACUUGGGUGGAACAAACACAUGGUGGCAGCUAAUGGGGAUCCUAUAAUAAACAAACUUUUAUAUGAAUAACUGAGGUAGGAAAUAGAAUUUUCCUCAUACCUAUGACAGUAUAUAGCUUACUCUUAAAGGUAUAUGACCCAUUAACAGAUUUAGCCAAAUACGUCAGCCAAUGUGUGGGCAUAAAAACAAGCACCCACAUCAGAUAUUCAGGAAUAUCACAAGGCUCCCUCACUAAAUAUCAUAGGAUGUAGCUUCAGUCAAUGAGAUACCACCAUGCCACUGGAAAACAUGGAUAAUUCAGGAAAUGGCACAAGUCUUCCAUACGGGGACACUGAUGCUUUAAUGUUGUUUUUCCUUACAAUGUUUUUGUUUGUUUGACAAAAUUAAUUGUUGCCUUAAAUGUAGUCCUGUGGCCAUACUGCUUUAUGUUUUCCACCCCCAUGUAUCAAAUAUAUGACAAUCCUGGUAUAUUAUUCUUGUGUCAGCAAUGAUGAAAGAACAACUAUUAGUUAACGUCAGUCAUCUUCCUGGAAAUUUUGAAUUUUUGUAAAUUUCUUUUUAGAGCAUCUGAAUACAAUGUUUUAUCACUGAAAGCCAUACUUGAAUGCUUGAUUAAAAAAAAACAAAACAAAAAAAA